GUAUCUCCAGUUAAGCCAUCAAAUGGGGGAAACAAAGCAUUUUGCAAUGUCCUCGUAUGGCGAGAUCAGUAAAUCACUCUUUCUCCAGGCGAGAAUCAAUAAUGUCGAUUGUUGCGCGCUCGUAGAUGGACAUCGUGAAGCCGCAGGUUGCUCGAACGACUGACGAAUGUCGUCAGUUCGAUCCGGCUGUAAUGGCAAUCCUUCGAGGCGCAAUUUCAAAUUGCAACGAGGCGGUGUUGGUUUGCUCAGAACGAAGAUGCCAGGAUCAAGUUGUGAUGUGAUGUGAUUUUCUAGCUGCUGCUCGUCAGCUCGCGGAUGUGAUCUCGAGUUUGCUCGUAUGCUGUUUAGAACAGGAACCCAUGUCCCACCGCUUCCAGCCUCUUCAGAACUUUGACUGGUCGAGUUAUGCGCGGGCGGUGCUGGUACAGACAUUUCUGCUCGCAUCGUCAGCUCCCAGCGGGGAGAAGCAGAGAACCCAAGUCGGGGUCCUCGAAGGAAACUUCACCAGCGGGAGAGAACGAGCGGCAGCGACGCGCGACGACUGUAUCAGAGAACGCGGAUGUGAGAAGGUGGAACAUGGCCAUCACUGCCCACAUGCGUGACGGCCAGUGCGAGCUGGCUCUUCGCAUCUUUAACUCGAUGCCCUGUCGGAGCAUUGUCUCGUACAACGCGAUGAUAACAGGGUACUGGCAGAACGGCCGGUUCGGUCUUGCUAGAGAGAUGUUUGAUAGAAUGCCGGAGAGGGAUCUGGUUUCUUGGAAUUCUAUGAUUAGUGGGUACAUGAGGAAUGGAGAUGUUUCUGCUGCUCGCGUGUUGUUUCAUCAAAUGCCUGCGAGGGAUGUUGCUUCUUGGAAUGCGAUGUUGUCGGGUUAUGCGCGAAAUGGACUAGUGGAUGAGGCCAGAGAGGUCUUUGAUGAGAUGCCUUGCAAGAAUAAUAUAUCUUGGAACUCGAUGCUUACUGCAUUUGUAGAGAAUGGUAGGAUGGAUGAAGCGCGUAGGUUUUUUGAGUUGAAGACAGAUUGGGAGGUGAUUCCUUCAAAUUAUCUGAUGGCUGGGUAUGUCAAGAGGAGGAUGUUGGUUAAUGCAAGACAGCUUUUUGAUUGGAUGCCUUUCAAAGAUGAAGUUUCCUGGAACACUAUGAUUGCAGGUUACGCACAGAAUGACGAGUUGUCAGAAGCAAGAAGAUUGUUUGUGGCCUCACCAGCUCGGGAUGUAUUUGCAUGGACAGCUUUGAUGUCUGGAUAUGUGCAAAAGGGAAUGAUGGAUGAAGCAAAACGUAUUUUUGAUGUGAUGCCGGAAAAGAAUAGUGUCUCUUGGAAUGCAAUGAUUGCGGGGUAUGUGCAAUCAAAGGAAAUAGACAAAGCGAGACAGUUGUUUGAGGUGAUGCCUUGUCGAGACAUCAGUUCUAGGAAUACAAUGAUUGCGGGCUAUGCUCGGAGCGGUGACAUUUCCAAAGCUAGAUGCAUGUUUGAUCGGAUGCCUCAGCGUGAUUGCAUCUCUUGGGCUGCUAUUAUUUCUGGGUAUUCUCAAACUGGGCAUUUUGAAGAGGCUUUGCAGCUGCUUCUAGACAUGAACAGGUAUGGAGAAUGGCCAAACAGAUCGGCUUUGACUUGUUCUUUAAGUUCAUGUGCUGAAAUUGGAGCGGUGAAAUUGGGAAAGCAAUUGCAUGGAUACCUGAUAAAGGCAGGAUACGAAUCUGGAUGUUUUGUGGCGAAUGCACUUCUUGCAAUGUACUGUAAGUGUGGAAAUAUUGAAGAUGCUUACGAAGUGUUUCAUGGUAUAGCAGAGAAGGAUUCUGUCUCGUUGAACAUCAUGGUUGCUGGUUAUGCAAGGCAUGGACUUUUAAAAGAGGCUUUGGUUAUUUUUGAGUCAAUGAAGGCAGCAGUUAUUGAACCAAAUGAUGUCCCACCGUAAAUGAUGCCCUCUUUAUUUGAGUUUAUAGCUUCAUCCUAGUACACCUUAAAUCUUCAAAAUUAAAACAGGUAUUACAGUCAAUGUCGAAUGAAUGAGGCUCUUUUUCAAAGUAAAACAAGGUGAAGAGAAUCGGUUGACACUACUAGGAUUCAAGCUCUUUAACAUCGGGAUACCUAGAAUCCUUGAUGGGGAACGUAUAGGGUUGGCUUCGGUUGUGGGCCUUACAUUGUGUCUCUAUUUUUUAUUCUUACUUUGUUAUCACUUGAACCCAACCCAUUAAAAACUUAAAACUAGGAAAGAACAAUUGGUCAUCCUCUGCCCCCUCCAGACUCGGACUCCUGCCGUGUUGAAUGAGGAGCUGACACACACAUGAUGUCCCUAUGCUAUGUCCUCUAAAAGGAUCCUGCUCUUAUAGCGGCUACAUGGCCUAUGAGAGAAUUCAUUUCUUGAUUUCCUGAAAGAUGGAAUAAUAAGAAGACAUUUAGAAAGAGAGGGCUUGAAAGGGGGGUAAGAUGAGCUAUGAGGUAGCAUUUGAUAUGUAGAAGAUUUAUUCUGUCAAUUGAGAAAUUUUGGAGUAAUUUUGAAUCCUUUUCUGUUGUAUGUCAUGGUCAAACUUUUGAUAAGGUAACCUGUAUCUUCUUGGAAUUAUGAUCACUUAAGAGAUUUCAGGAUUUCUUAUUUGCUGAAUCUCCUAUGGUUCUUGACUUGGACAAUAACAGGACAGAUUGAGAGAACAGUCUCUUCAGUCUCGUUAGCAAAGACUCUUCUGCUGAGGAGCAUGAGCUCCCCAUAAUCAUACUUGUGUAUUUGCAAGCAAGCAGGGAGGUAAAAGCAACUGUUUAUUACUGUCUUAAUCUGGCUGUGGCCUCUAUUCACGACCAUUCAACAGCACAACUGAGGGUUGGCUCCAACCACCCAAAACAGUAAACAUGGCUCUUCAGUAUAUGAGGUUCUUGGUAAGCUAAUGUUCAAUCUUUUCCCAUUUUUUUAUGUAGACAUAACAAAAUACAGAGUAUUGAUCUCUAGUGUGCAGUAUCCUCUUGCCUUAUCUUCUUUCACAAGGAGCUUUAACUGAUCGAGGAUUGAAUGAAAGGGAUUCGGGUCUCUCAUAAGUAACAGUCUCUGCAAUGUAGUCCUAAAGCAGAGCAGAAUUCAGUUUCACUUCCAGAUAGGAUUUUUGGUUUAUAAAUCUCUCUCUAUGAAUGGUGUGGGAAGACGUAAUUGGGAUCUUUCUUAUUAAGAAGAAAUGACAAAUAGUUAGAACUGAAUGCAAAUUAAUGCAAAAUGCCUCUCUGAUUGGUAAUUGGAGCUAAACUUACUGCGGUA